AUGAAAGGAGUGCCUCUUAUGGACUGGGUGCAGACGAACUACAGUGGACAUCCUGCUGAGGGUAGGGGACAAGCUGUGACGGAACAUAAAGACCGCACACCAAGAGCAGGGACAGGUCCGGUCACAACGCUGGAGAAUUUGGUAGCGCGCGGUUCUGACGCAGGAGAGGCCUGGCGCUUGUUCACGCAGGAAUUCUGGCCUGGAUGUCCAGCGUUGGUUUCUCCAGCAUUGAGUGACGUGCCAAAGAUCAAACGCGGGACUUCCAAUGUGUUCAUGCUGCUUUAUAAUGUCAUGCUGAGGGGGUGGAAGAAGGAUCCCAUGGCUGACCUCCCGAGUCCGUCGUCAUGCAUCGCUCACUUCCAGCGAGUUGGCGUAAUGCUUCCACAGUUUUAUGCUCAAGCAAUCUGGACCCUCUUGCUUGAGCUUCUCUCCAACGACCCGAAAUACAUCAAUCCGUCGAAUAGUGCUCUUCGGGAAAUCCUUACAAUAUGGGCAUUGUUCUUCGAUGCUCAUGCUCAUCCCCUUUCCCGGGAUCAGCCAAGGAAGAGCACAAGCUCAAUAAACUGGUCGUGUCUACCUGCUCCUACCGCCGUCCAGACCAUGCUUAAAACCAAAGAUCGACGCAUAGGAGGGGAUGAUUUCCAAUUCAGGAAGUUCUCGGACCGCCUUCUCCACACCGUCUCAGGUUUCCCAGGUACGGCGAUCGAUGAAUUGCAGAUUGCCCUUCUCGUCACCUUCCACCUUCUCGUCAUCAAUCACACCACAGACUCGAUACACACGGUUGAUGCCGUCGAUGCAGAUAUUGAACCGUUUCUGAACUUUGCUUCUCAUCUUCUGCAUCACGCUGAUACUUUCAACACUCAAGAGCUGGUGGUCCAUCGGCUGAGUCAACAUCUGCGGCACAGCGAACCAUCAGUCACCCACCAGCAGUUAUUGGCGAACCUUAAGAAAACAAGGUCGUAUGCAAGCAUUGUAUUUGGAGGGGGCUCGGAAUGGACGUCUCUCCUCAAGUCAAGCAAGAAGAAAGCGGAAUCUUGGCGAUCCCUAGCCGACUUCUUUGUCGGUGCUCUCUACGGAGCACAGGAACACAAGAGCUUAAGGGCGGCCCAAAACACGUGGAAACUGAUCGAGGAUGCCUAUACGACUCGCAUUGGUGACUCCGUCAAGGUUACCAUUCCGUCGUCUGUGUACGACACCGCCUUGACCACGUUUAUGGCUUUGAGGAGACAAGAUCUCGCCAUCCAGAUUUGGCAGUACCUACGGAAAAAUGGCAUCAUUCCGACGGUGGCAUCAUGGACGGCAAUGAUCGUCGGUUGUCGUAUCGCGAAACGGGGAGAUGCCAUUGAGGAAGUCUGGGAUCGCAUGCAUCGUGCUGCGAUUGAGCCGGAUGCUCGAGCCUAUACCGAGGCCAUCUUCGGAUUUCUAUGGUGCGGCCAUGAUGACCAUGGCUUUCGGCUCCUUCAUGAAAUGAGCGACAAGUGGACUCGUGCGGUCCAGCGCAUUCAUGGGAAACCGCUCUCCAAGGUGGAUGUAAAAUCCAUUGGCGACCUGCCUGGGGCACCCAAGCCUACGACUGGGACCUUGAACACGGUGAUCACCGCGCUCAGCAAAGGCAAGCAAAGAAGACACCACGAUAUCGCGAAAGUCUUCGCCUGGGCUCAAGCACUGGGGAUCCCCCUGACCAUUGACACGUUCAACGUGAUGCUCCAAAUGCACCUCGAGCAAAGCGAUAUGGAAAACGCUAUGAAAGUUUUGCGGAACAUGCAGGACAACGACAUCCAACCGAACGUCGUCACCUUCAGCAUGCUUUCCAACAUCAUCUUCGGUCGUUCCGGAACUAUCGAUCUCCCUCCUGAGGAACAGCUAGCAUUCAUCCUCCGAUUCCUGUGGGAAGUUGAAAGUCGAGGCAUCGCUCCCAACUCUCAUAUGUACGGCACCAUCAUCGACGGGAUCAUCCACCGCAACGCCGACACGGCGGUAGCCCAAGGCGUCCUCACCCACAUGCGCGCCAAAGGAAUGAAACCCUCCGUCCACAUCUGCACGAUGCUCAUGACCUACCACUUCCAACAACACCCACCCGACCUCGAGGCGAUCGACGCCCUCUGGCGCACCAUGCUCUCCGACAACGUCGUCGUCGACGGCUUCUUCUACGACCGCAUGAUCGAGGGCUAUUCCCGCGCCGACCACGUGGGCAAGAUGAUGACGUUCCUGACCCGCAUGUCGAAGGAUGGGCUGCAGCCGAGCUGGAAGGCGCUCACGGCCAUCGUGGAGGCGUUGCUGAGAGUGGGGGAUACCCAGCGAGCGCAGGAGAUCGUGGCGGACGUCGGGGAGAGGGGGAACCGGGGGUCGGGCGUUCCGGAUCGGGGACACGGGAUGCAGGAUUUUUGGUCUCUGGUAGCGCAUGAGGGACUGGGUCGUGGUUCUGACACGGGAGGGAUCGAGGGGGAGGUUGAUGGGCAGGGAAGAAGGCAGUUUGUAUCAUCUUGA